CUUUUCUGGAGCAUGGAGGUAGAACGGCGUCAACAUGAAAGUUAUGAGUGGAAAAUCCAAACUCUUCUGGGUUGCUGUGGCCUUUGGAUCGAAACAAAUUUAACAGUGAAAUUAACUCUGGCUUACUUUGUGUUCUCGUGUAAUUUUCUGAUGGGACUGGCCGUGUUGAAUUUCUGCGUACAGCACGCGAGCAACAUUAUAAUCCUGACCAAGGGCAUGAGUUUGGCGAUCAGUAUGUUUACGGCGUGCGUGAAGAUCGUCAUAUUUCUACGCUAUCAAGGGGAUAUGGAGUACCUGCAUAAGAACCUCACCGCGAAGUAUUUCGAGGACAUGAAGGAUGCCAAGAACAGACCUCACCUGCUGUCGCGCAUUGCGCUGUACGUGAAAUUCUUCUGGAUCUGUUGCGGAACGGUAUUCUCGGUGGCUGUCUUGUACAUCAUCAUUCCGAUAAUCGCCUUCGUCAAGCAUGGAAAGUACAUGCGCAUGUUUCCCACGAUCUAUCCCCUCGUUGGCAAACCUACUGGGCUCGCUCACUGGUGCUGCUUCGUCUUGGAAGUCCUCACAAGUUUAUUUCUGAGUUCCGUGACUGCUGGAGUGGACUGCUGCUUUGGUAUGUACUCGUUUCAGAUGUGCGGCGAGCUACGAGUUCUGGCCAGUAAGUUCCAAAGUUUGGCGGCUGCUCCUGAUUACAAGGAGCGAGUAAAAGAUUGCAUCGUCAGGCAUCAGAUGUUGUACAAUACGAAAAAGAAGUUGGAAAACCUGUUUGGUAUCAUCACCAUAUGGUUCGCUAUAACUGCAUCUAUUAGUCUUUGCGCUAUCAUCUUCCAGCUCAGUCAGAGCAAGAACGUCUCGCUCUUUCAAAUAUUCUUCACGGUGGACUACAUCACCGCAAAGCUGCUGCAGGCCUACACGUUCGCUUGGUUCGGCAACACCAUCACCGUGGAAAGUGAAAAGUGCGUGCAGUCCAUUUAUCACUGUGACUGGCCCGGCUCCGGCGACUCGCGGCUUAUGAAAGAUAUGCUCAUCGUUCAAUUGCAAAGUCCUAUGUAUAUAAACGCAAUGGGAGUUAUGAUCGUUCGAUUGGAUAUGUUCAUCAAGAUAGCCCACGCAUCGAUUUCAUAUUUUUUCCUGCUCAAAACUAUCGAGGAAAAGCUUGCUUAG